AUGGAAGGCACGAGGCUUCGCUCCAGUCCAAGGGAUGGUUCAUCCUCAAUCCUCAAGAAAGGCGAAGGAGCUGGGCCUGUGGCCGAGAGUGGCUGGCCCUUGACCGUCUUGGAGGAUCCAGCGAAGUGCAGUUCCGUCUCACGCGUGGACUCCGUCGCAGAGUUUCGGGACUUUGUGCGUCAUGGCCGGCACUCGGAGGGAGAGAUGUGCAUCCUCACUGAAGGCAUCUCCAAGCUGCAGUUGACAAACUCCAUCCCCGAGACCUUGAGCGAGGUUCUUUCGCAGCGGAAGAAGCUCUCAGCCGUUGAAGCCCUCCUGAAGACGAUUGAGCAAGGCGAGGAUCCCUGGACAGGUGAACUCUUCUGGUGGCCGCCGGGUGAGACGCGACGCGAGGAGGUGUUGGGGGAAGAUCUGCGCAGCAAGCUCUUAAGAUAUCGCCCCUUCGUCGAAACGUGCUACGCCGCAGAGCUCCGAAGCUCGCGGAGGGGGCCGCAUCCUCGAAGCUGUGAGCAGACUGACACCUUGACGAGCCUGGAUGUGAAGGACCUGGUGACCUCGCAUGGAUCCGUCCCUCUGUGGGACCGAGGACAUGGCUUCCUUGGAAGCAGUGGUGCGGGCAUCGGCCUGCACGUCGACCAGGCUUGGUGGAGCAACAUCGCAAAGAACUUCUAUGGGUACAAACUGGUGGCACUCUGGGCUCCAGGCUCCAACGUGUUGGAGACGUGUGGUGGAGAACUCUUCAGAAAGCCUUUGUGCCAUCGACACCUGAGCGCCCUAGAUCGCUGCUGUGCGGUGGCGCUCCUUCGACCAGGGGAUGUGGCCUGCUUCACUGGAGGCUUGCCCCACACGACCUUGGUGGUGGGAUCAGAACUCAAUCUCACUUUCUAUGAGAGUUUCGUGAACUGGAAUUGUGACAAUCUUGCUUUGCUUCUUUCAGGACUCCAAAGACCCAUCGACCAAGCUUGGUGGCAGAACAAUAUGUCUCCCGAGUUUGCGCAGACCGUCCUGGAUGAUAUCCUACGAGUGGUAGAUGCAGGAGGCAAGUUGGAGGAAUUCCAGGAACGAUUUGUCUCAUUCCUUCGUUCGAGGCCCAUCGCUGCUGCUAGACUGGCUGGCAAGGUUCGUCCAAGUGGAGAAGCCCCAAUGAAAAGGCGAUGUCUCAGAUCCUGA